UUGGUGCCACUUCUCUUGUGCACUUCACAUCUGUACUUGUUGCACAAAAUGGGUCAAGCAAACAACCCAAAUGAAGAAACCCCAAGUGAAAAAAAUGUGACAUUGGAGAAAUUUCCAUGAACAAGUGAUUUGAUGAUUUCCAUGGAAGAAAAAGAUGAGUUUGAGGAGGAACAAGAAGAAUAUGUUGAUGACAAUGAUGAUGAACUACUAAAGAACAAUUUAUCAGUUGAAAACUCACCAUCAAAUUGGUUCACAAAAAUGAUAUCUUUACAAACAGAAAUCAUCACAACUAUCUUAAUUUCUCUAGUUUCUCCCAUUUUCUACAUCUUCUCUUUUGCUAAUAUUUUUAAAGAAGAAGAAGAGGAAACUGAAAAGAAAGUCUCCGUAGCUGUACAUGUUGUAGCUACAGUUCCUUCAAAGUUACUUCAUGGAGUUACUUUGCUUCUAAAGAAAUUUGGGGUUGGAAUUCUUGGAGCUGCUUAUGUGUGUAUGGUUUUGAUAACCUUGUUGAUUGUGUCUGGGAUUUUAGGAUUUGGGUUAGUGGGUAUGUGGAUGGAAGAGCCUGUGGUUUUGAGACAACAACUUUAUUUUGAUUAUGCAGAUGUGAAUCCAAAGGCUGUUUUUUCUUUUGGUGGAGAUUAUAAUAAUAUUGGUGUGCCUGUUGGCCAUACAAUGUAUGUUUCUUUGUUUCUACUUAUGCCUGAAUCUGAUUUCAACAGAGACAUUGGUGUUUUCCAGGUGGUUGCAGAAGCAUUAUCAAAAGAGGGGCUGGUAAUGGCAAGAUCAAGUCAUCCGUGUAUGUUGCGAUUCCGAAGUCUGCCAAUCCGUCUGAUGCGAGAAUUUAUAAUGAGUGUUCCCCUAGUACUUGGACUUACUGCUGAAACACAAACGAUUAUCGUUCCAAUGUUAAAGCACAAGGAAGGUCUUCCAAGGACAGAAGCAAUCAGAGUAACCAUGAUACCUCGAGCUGGAACUUUAGCCUUACCCCAACUAUAUCAGUCACAGAUCAUAUUGAAAUCUCAGCCUCCUUGGUAUAAAAACUUGGUUUACAAGUGGAAAUGGACAUUUUCUGUCUGGACCUCCAUGUACAUGUAUGCCACUCUGCUAGUAGUUCUCCUCAACUGGUGCAGACCCCUCAUGUUUCCAGUGUUUUCCACAAGCUUUAUGACUAUUCCUGAUGUGAAUUUAACAGUAGAAGCACCGGAAGAACCACGAGAGAAAGCUCGAGAAGAAAGGUAUGUGUCCGAGUCGGUCAGAAAAUGGCGCCAGAGCAGAAGAAAGAGGAAGGCGAUGCUUCAACAGAGUGUAUCACCAGAGCUGGAUGAUUCUGCAUCAAGCAUUUCCAUAACUAGGGAAGACACAGCUGAUUCGAGCGAGUGAAGUGUAUUUGGAAGUGAAAAACCAAGGAUAGUUUGGUUUCUAUAGGUUUAGGGAUAAAUAGUCUGCUUGUCUCAGUAGUUAAAAUUGUUCGUUUUCCUAGCUUUUUAGCAUAAAUAUCUGGAUCUUGUUCUGUUCGAGCAACAAACCACAGGAGUCGAGGUUUUCUGUAGAUAGACAAGUAUGUAAUUGAAAUAGUUGCACACUGAGGUUUGCAAAAACUCAAGCAAUUUACACGAGGUAAAACCAUAUACCUCUGUCUCCAUCCCAAUUUAUAUGAUGUAGAGUUCUUUAUUUUGACUGUGAAUUGGACAUACAAAUUGCAUA